AUGGAUAAUUUAAACAUACUGAGAUCAAUGAGGGAUGUUAACUAUUCAGAUGGGGGUGACUACACAUGUUAUGCAGAGAACAAAUUUGGUCAUCAGGAAGCAUCAGGAAAACUUACAGUCAAAGAGCACACACGGAUUACCACAGAACCUGAAGACUACGAAGUGGCAGCAGGAAUGUCUGCUACAUUUAGAUGCAAUGCUGUUGCUGAUAAUUCACUUCAGCUGACAGUUGACUGGAUGAAGAAGGGUCAGCUGAUUGAUUUUGAAGCAGAACCACGCUUCAUCCAAUCGUCUGAUACAUCUCUUACCAUAACAAAGGCCAUCGAACUGGAUUCAGGCACUUACACUUGUGUUGCCCGUACAGAGCUGGAUGAAGCAACAGCUUCUGCUACACUCACGGUUCAAGGUUGGUGA